AUGUUCAGCAACCGCAAGUUCAGUAUCAACCGGAACACGGGAGUUCCAAAGCCCUCGCGGCGCUUCUCCAUUGCGGAACCGAGCGCCAACGAGGCUGGGUCCAAGAUCCACAGGCAGUUCCGUGCCGCCCACGAAGGACAUCUCCCCCAUGCCGGCCUCGAUCCCACUCGAGCCUCGACCGGUGUCGUCUGGUGUACCGAGCGCGCAACCGAGUAUGGCUUCAUGGAGGAGCCCGAGAAGUGGGCAAACCUCGGCCAGGGCGCCCCCGAGGUAGAAGACGAGAUCGAGGGCUGCUUCAAGCGGCCCACCAGCGUCGACGUCACCCUCAACAGCCGCGAGUACGGCCCUACCGCCGGAAUCAGGCCCCUGAGGGAGGCCGUCGCCCAUCUCUACAACGAGAUGCACCGCAAGGGCCAGGAAAGCCUCUACACCUGGGAGAACGUCGCCAUCGUGCCCGGUGGCCGUGCUGGUCUUAUCCGUAUUGCUGCCGUCCUCAACAACUCGUACCUGUCCUUCUUCAUCCCUGACUACACGGCUUACAACGAGAUGUUGUCGCUCUUCAAGGACAUUGCCGCCAUCCCUGUGCCCUUGUCCGAGGAUGAUGGCUACCACAUCAACCCGGACAAGAUCGCCGAGGAAAUCGCCCGUGGUACCGGUGUUAUUUUGACCUCGAACCCCCGUAACCCCACCGGCAGGGUCGUUUCCAACCCCGAGCUGGCUGAGAUUCAGGAUUUGUGCCGUGACCGCGCCACCUUUAUCUCGGAUGAAUUUUACUCCGGAUACAAUUACACCAGCGACUGCGACGGAACCACCAUCAGCGCCGCCGAAAACGUCAUUGAUGUCGACGACGACGAUGUGCUCAUCAUCGACGGUCUCACCAAGCGCUUCCGUCUUCCCGGUUGGCGUGUGGCAUGGAUCCUGGGCCCCAAGGAAUUCAUCAAGGCCAUCGGCUCCUGCGGCUCGUACCUCGACGGCGGCACCAACGUCGCCUUCCAGGAGGCCGCCAUCCCGAUGCUGGAGCCCAGCCUCGUCAAGGCCGAGAUGAAGGCCCUGCAGAAGCACUUCCGCGACAAGCGCGACUACGUGGUCAAGCGCCUGCGCGACAUGGGCUUCACCAUCAAGUUCGUGCCCGACUCGACCUUUUACCUGUGGCUCAACCUCGAGGGCCUGCCCAAGCCCAUCGAGGAUGGCCUCAACUUCUUCCAGGCCUGCCUCGAAGAAAAGGUCAUCGUCGUGCCCGGCAUUUUCUUCGACCUGAACCCCGCCCGCCGCCGCGACCUGUUCGACUCGCCCUGCCACCACUUUGUCCGCUUUUCGUACGGCCCCAAGAUGGAGACUCUGAAGCUGGGCUGUGAUGGUAUCGAGAGGGUGGUCAAAAAAUUCAAGGAUGCUCUCACCAUGACACAUGCCUGA